CAAAACAGAUUGGUAAGUGGUACUUUGAACUUGAUUAAAUACGUGUCAGUUUUCAAUUUUAGUCGCCACCGCGAAGUCUGGGUUUCAAAUAAACGCUCUAUUUCUUCCUUUUAAUUUCCCUACUUAAAAUCAAAUAUAAUUCAAGAAUAGUUAUUCACUUGUGAGUAAAAAUGGGUAAAAUUCGAGCAGGAGCUGUAGUAGACAUCUUAGGAGAUGAAAUGACCAGAAUAAUUUGGGAUUCCAUUAAAGACAAGUUAAUUUUACCUUAUUUGGACAUUGACUUAAAAGUAUUCGACUUGGGAAUUGAAAACCGAGACAAAACCAAUGACCAAGUUACAGUUGACUGUGCAGAGGCAAUUCUAAAAUACAAUGUUGGUAUAAAAUGUGCCACAAUUACUCCAGAUGAGAAACGGGUGGAAGAGUUUAAACUCAAAAAAAUGUGGAAAUCUCCUAAUGGAACCAUAAGAAAUAUAUUAGGUGGAACAGUAUUCAGAGAAGCCAUAAUUUGUAAAAAUAUUCCACGUUUAGUAACAGGAUGGGAUAAACCCAUUAUUAUUGGUAGACAUGCCCAUGCUGAUCAAUAUAAAGCCACUGAUUUUGUGGUUCCUGGACCUGGAAAAUUGGAAUUGGUAUACACACCUGCUUCGGGAGAUGAAGUAAAAUAUACCGUUCAUGAAUAUAAGGGACCAGGAGUUGCUCUAGGAAUGUUCAACACUGAUGAAUCUAUUAUCGCUUUUGCCCAUUCAUCCUUAAAAUAUGCCCUCGAUAGAGGAUAUCCUCUGUACCUGAGCACCAAAAAUACCAUCCUGAAGAAGUAUGACGGUCGUUUCAAAGAUAUUUUCCAAGAUAUUUAUGAUCGCGAAUAUAAAUCUUUAUAUGAAGCAAAAAAUAUAUGGUAUGAACACCGAUUAAUUGAUGAUAUGGUUGCCUAUGCAAUGAAGUCAGAAGGUGGAUUUGUAUGGGCUUGCAAAAAUUAUGAUGGUGAUGUGCAGUCUGAUUCAGUUGCUCAGGGAUACGGAUCUUUGGGACUUAUGACUUCAGUUCUUAUAUGUCCCGAUGGAAAGACAGUAGAGGCUGAAGCUGCCCAUGGUACAGUCACAAGACAUUACAGAAUGUAUCAGCAAGGAAAGGAAACUUCAACAAAUCCCAUUGCCUCCAUUUAUGCGUGGACUAGGGGCUUACUUCACCGGGCCAAACUUGACAACAAUAAGGAAUUAGAACAUUUUGCUAAUACCCUGGAACAAGUAUGUGUUGAAACAAUUGAAUCAGGUUUCAUGACCAAAGAUUUAGCCAUAUGCAUUAAAGGUGCAAGCAAAGUUCAACGUUCGGACUACUUGGAAACUUUUGAGUUUAUGGACAAGCUGGCAGAAAACUUAAAAAAAAAGAUGCAUGUUUGUAAGAGUAAAAUGUAAAUGAAUUCACCAAGUAUUACGAAUCAUUCAUAAAUCCAGACUGAGGCGAAUUUGAAUUUUUGUUUUUAUCCAAAUAU